CUCAGCUGCAGGCGGGGGCGGGUGCGACGGCACCACCACCACCGGCACAACCAUUGGUCGGGCUCUGCAAGACGGAACAGAUCCACAUCAUUCUCGAUUGCUCGCAGGGUUCCGGCAUCUGUCUCGGCCCGAAGACGGCUUGCGGUCGCGGUUACGUGAUCGCCCAGGUGCUGCCCGACUCGGUGGCCGAGCGUUCCGGUUGCCUGCAGCAGGGCGACCGCAUUACGGCCAUCAACAAGCUGUGCAACCUGGACGCGGCCACCGUUCGCCAGAUACUCGGUGAUUAUGGAGCACCGGCGGCAUCGGUCGCUGGUAACCACCACCACCUUCACGCUCACCAUCACCACUACCACAACCAACCACCGACCGCCCACUGGGUCGAGCUGGAGAUUGAGUUCGAUAUGGCGGACACGGUGGUACCGGCGAGCGGUGUCUUCAACAUCAAGCUGGUAAAGCACGGCCGGUACGGGCUCGGUAUCACGGUCAAUGCGACCAGCCACGGUACGUUUAUGGUGGCGGAGGUGAAACCGGGCAGUGCGGCGCACCGGACCGGUUCGCUGCGGGCCGGCGAUCAGCUGCUAGCGGUCGACAACCGGCCCCUUCAGCACUACAAUCUCGAUCUGCUGCUGAAGGAGAGCCAGCACGAGCUGAUCACGCUCACCGUCAAGCGCUGCUCGCUACCGGAUUUCAUCUUUACCGACCAGCAGCAGCAGCAACAGCAGCAGCAGCAGCAGCAGCCGAGGACGGCCGGUGCCGGGCUGUACGGUUCGGUGGACGCGGAGGACAUCGACUAUGGCUACAGUCCCCGGUACGAGGGGAAGGCGCUACCACCACCACUACCACCAACCGGCAUCAACGGUGAGCAGCAGGAGGUGGAGCUGCGGCGACAACAGGGAGGGCAAGAUGGCCGGCCUGAGGAGGACGAAGAGGAGCAGGAGGAGGAGGAGGAGGUAGAGGUGCAGCUGCGGCGUCCGGUCUGGUCGGCCACGAGCUCGUACGAUGCCGGCCAUUUGCCGCUCCCACCACCCCAUCUGCUGCUGGUGGCCAACGAGGGUGGCGGUGGUGGGGAGGGAAGACCGACGACCAACGACGACGACCGGUACGAUGACAUCCUGCACUACAAGAUGGCCUCGAUGAACAUCAGCAAUAGCAACUACGUCGGCUAUGGGCAGCAUCAGCAGCAACAGCAGCAGCACCAGCGAAUCAACAACCAAACGGACUCCCUCGAUCCGCACCCUCAUCAACCCUCGGAUGGGCCGCUGUACCUCGCACACCCCGACCUAGUACCGCCGGUACCACCCGGCCAUCGGGUAUUUAGCGUACGGCUCGAACCGCACGGUGGUCCCCUCGGUAUAACGCUCGCGGCCAGCGACGAUCUGCAGAAACCGAUCCGGAUCAGUGCGCUGACCGAGGGUGGCAUCGCGUACAACACCGGCCAGCUGCAGGUCGGCGACUGGCUGCUGGCCAUCAACGGGGAGAGCAUCGUCGGUGUGCCGCUUACCACCGCCACCAAGCUGCUGCACCGUUACGAUCACGCGGUCGAGCUGCAGAUGGCCCGACCGCCAGCAACGCUCCCUACCGCGACGACUGCAGCGACGGCGACGACGGCGGCGACGGCGGCGACGGCGGCGACGACAACGGUGACACCACCACCACCACCGGAACAGCAGCUCGGGGGAACGGCGGCGGCAGUGUACGCGAAGGUGCAACGCCGGCCCCGCAGUCCCGGUUCCCAGCUCGAGGCCACAUCAAACAAUGGUUCGGGUAGCGGCGCAAGUACCGCCGGUUCCGGUUCCGCUUCCGGGCCCGGUGCCGGUCACCAUCGUACCAUGCAGGUGACACUGUUCAAGGAUCGCGUCUACGACGAUUACGGCUUCUCGGUGUCGGAUGGGCUGUACGAGCGGGGCGUCUACAUCAACCGGAUCCGGUCCGGUGGCCCGGCCGACCUUGGCAGCCUGCUCCGGCCCUUCGAUCGCAUCGUGCAGGUGAACGGAACGAAAACGCAGGACUUUGACUGCUGCCUGACCGUGCCCCUGAUAGCGGCCGCCGGUGACAAGAUCGAGCUCGUGAUUCAGCGAACCCUGCCGGAAUAGGGAAUGGGUUUUGGUGUGUGUGUGUGUGUGUGUGCGCGUGCGUCCCACAACUAAUACCGGAGAAAGGGCCACGCACCACGCAGGGUGCACUAGUGGCCAAGCGCGGAUCACAGUAUUGUCCGAGUGGGGGAGGCGCUCUCUCUCUCUCUCUCUUCACUUCUUCUCCACCUCCAGUUCUCCCCAAGUGCGGAGGAAAGGGGUAACGCUAGUCGAAGAAGCGAGAGCGUUAGAAGAGGAGGCACGGAUGCCAGGGGGAGGUGGUACCGCGGCUCCGAUUAUCAGGCGUCAAAUUGGAGUGGGCGCAGGAAGAGAAGGGUGUAUACGUGAUGUUUGGUUAGUGGAUGCACACACACACACACAGCGAGCGAGCGCUCGAGAGCGAUCGAGAUUCAUCCCUGAGAGAGAGAUGACCCCUUGGUAUUAACUGCGGAGUAGCCUUAAGAGUAGUUCGUAGUUCAGCCACAUCCGUGUUUUGCUCCCGCGUGUGUAGCGGGGUGCCCAGUCCCCCAGUUCCCCCACGAGUGCCGUACAGCUCCGUUCCGGGCGUUCGAGCAAAAUCCAAGAAAAAACAGAUAGUUUCUCUCUCUCUCUAUCUGUCUCUUCUAUUUCAUUCUAUUUCACUAUUUCUCGCUCUCUCUCCUUCUCAAAUACACAUGUACUCUCUCUCUCUCUGUUUCUCUCUCUAUCACUCUUUCUCUCUGUUUCGCUCUCUGUCUCUGUCUAACUUAUCAGCAAUAACAAACACACAAAAAAAACCCUUGCAGGCUCUACCGUCCAAUGUUGAAAGCAAAAAGGACACCCCUGCCACCAUUUCCCCCGCCGGGGGGCGGGGAGUUGUGUGUGGAGAGGGGUGCAAGAAGGGGACACCGGGGUGCCGUACCGUCGCGAGCGUGGCCGGUCACGCGGAUGGAAUAGUUCAGCUCAGCGUAUUAGUCGCUGGCCGUUUGUGUGCCAUUAUUAUUCCUGUUCGUUUCGCUAACUUUUGUUUUCUAGGUUAGGACCCUUAGCGCUCUAAUGGUUAACUACUAAUGACUAAACACACACACAGACACACAAACACGCGUACACACAAUGAGUUAGUAAUAUAAGUGCCCGCGUCCUUCCGUCGUUUACUUUAUUUACCCGACGUUAUCAGCUAAACAAUCAAACAGUCACCACAUACUAUGCCCAAAAAUCCCCAAAUAAAAGUCAAAUGUCCACUACUACUACCACUAUUACUACUACUACUGCUACCACUAUUACUAUUACUUGCGUCUCUGUGGUGACGUCACACGAUGUCUACGUUCUACGCGAUGAUGCUUCGGAUGCUUCGAUCUCGGCGCUACACACAUCGCCCUGCAUGGUGGCGAUCGGGAGAAAGCUCGAGAAUCUGGCUGGCUGCCUGUCUGGCUCCAAGAACUCACUCGAUUCUCGGCAG